AUGCAGGAAAGUCGACUUGUAUCAACCCGGCAAUCUCAACUAGAUGAACGGGACGAUGAGACAUGGUCUCCAAUGCAGCUUGCCGCUGCACAAGGGAACUUGUCCCAGGUACAGCGGCUCUUAAGCGAGCAAGUGGACCCCAAUGAGCCCCCUAAAGGCUACUAUGGGCAGACAGCCCUUCAGGCCGCCUCAAAUAAUGGACAUCUUGCCGUUGUUGAGACAUUAUUAGCGGCAGGGGCACACGUUAACGCUCCUGGGGGAAACAACGGUGGCAGAUCAGCAGUAGUACUGGCCUCUGGAGCGGGCUAUCUCAACAUCGUCAGCCACUUAGUCUCUGUGGGUGCAGAUAUCAACUGUCCACCCCAUCCCUAUAUGGGCCGAACCGCCCUACAGGCCGCCGCCGAGGGUGGCCAUAUUGAGCUUCUCGAAUGGCUCAUUCAGCAAGGUGCAGAAAUUAAUACCCCUACAGCGAAGAAUGCAGGUCGCACCGCACUUCAAGCUGCUGCAUUACAGGGCCACGCCGAUAUCGUGGAAAUUCUCCUACAUCACAAGGCCUGCGUGAAUACCCCAGCCGUAAGGUAUAAAGGCUUUACGGCCCUUCAAGGUGCGGCUUUUAGCGGUCACCGCGAAAUUGUCCGUCGACUAUUAGAUGCAGGAGCCGAUGUGAAUGCUGAAGGCUCGCAUUAUAACGGAUAUACGGCGCUUUCGGCAGCGGCAGAAUCCGGCCAUUAUGAGAUUGUCCAGAUGUUGCUCGAUGCAGGCGCAGAUGUCUCCCUCACGUCAGGCAAUAAAAGGUGGACAGCAGCACAGAUUGCGACCUUCCGAGGGCAAAAUACCAUUACGCAAAUUUUCCAACAGAUCAGCCAAAGGGAGAACAUGCUGUAA